AUGGCCAACAUGAUGAGAUCGUGGAUGAUGCCUGCAGCUGUGGUCCUCUGCCUGCUGGUGUGUCUGAGCAGCUUUGCCGACGCUUACCCCCCUAAACCGGAGAGCCCGGGGAGCGACGCCUCACCGGAGGACUGGGCCAAAUACCACUCAGCGGUCCGGCAUUAUGUCAACCUCAUCACCAGGCAGAGGUAUGGGAAGAGGGCGACCCCCGAGCAGGAGGUGGCGUGGCUGCUGUUUGGAGCCGAUUCGAGCCAGGACGCUGAACCACGCUCUGAGUACGGCGAUCAGUGGUAAAUGAUCUUGAUGUCAAACCUGACCGACAUGAUCCCCGAUCCUUUGAUUCACCCGCACUCACUGAGAUUGUCAACCUGCACUGGA